UGGCAAUUCCUGCAGGCUCAUGGGAGAUCUUGAUAAGCACUAGUCUCAUUGGAUAUACGGAAGAUCCCUUUGACAGGCAGCCAUUCGUGGCUAUUGACAACAUAGUCCUGGCAACCGGACGGUGUGACUUGAACUUGUCAGUUUGCCCAUCAACUACGCCUUACAAAUGUAACGAUGGCAGUAAAUGCUAUGGUGACCACAACACAUGUGAUCGUAAGUAUCUACUGUGAUGAUGAAUCAGAUGAAAGCACGGCAGUUUGUGGAGAAAUGUACCUGAUCCCAUGUGACUUUGAGGAUGCAGCAGCAUGCGGGUAUGACCUUAUUAAUCCCAAUGAUCUUUUCGCCAAUCCCGACGGUCAAUGGCGUAGACGGGGCGGAUAUGCGCAUCAGAUACCACCAUACGACAAGACAUUCGGAGAUGAUCGAGGGCACUUUGCUCACUUCUCCGAAUGGCUGGUCCACUCUUCGUCAUUCGCUCCACAUACGGGACAUCUGAGUUCACCGAGGGAGACUUUCAACACAGAUGGCUGCAUCCAGUUCUGGUACUACCUCAACGGAACCGCCACUCAACCAGACGCUUUGUCCGCUCAGAUCUAUGUCCGCCUACUGUACAGCAAUGGUGUAACGGAGCUGCGCUGGUAUGACCAGGUGAACCGAAAGAUCGAUACUUGGAUUCAGGGCGGGGUUCCAGUACGUGGCAAUCAGGAGGUGUACCUGAAGAUCACCGCCAUCGUCUCUGAACCCCCUACAGCCUGGCCCGGCACUGUUGCCGUUGACGAUAUCAGCUACCAAGUGGGCGCUUGCCGCAUAGUACAGUCUUGUACGUCUUCCAUGUUCAUGUGUGCAGACCGCUCUGUCUGUAUUCCUCAGACCUUUGUCUGUAACGGAAACUGGGAGUGCCUUGACGGUACAGACGAGGCUAACUGUGCACGUCGUCCAAACGGUGCUAUUGAACUAUCUGGGGGUGAUGGAACCUACGGCGAAGUGCGCUAUUUUAUGGGUGGGAUGUGGAAAGAAGUCUGCUAUCCGUCAUCAAAUGCAACUGCGAUUGCAGUCUCCAACACCAUUUGUGAACUGGAUGGAUUUGUGGGUCGUGUGGAGGCAUAUAGAAUCUCCAGAUAUACGUAUGGCUCCACUGUGCAGCUCUCGUGCAGUAACGGUUCAUGCACGGCAUAUUCUUACAGCUGUUCAACUACACUGGGAGUUCGCUGCUCAAAUUAUGCGUGUUUCUCGGGAGAGAGGCUCUGCUCAGGCACGGUGAACACAUGCGUUCCAAACACAAGAUUCUGUGAUGGCUUGCCGGACUGCCCGGACAACACGGACGAGAUGGAGUGCUUCUGUGAUAUGGACGCGGUUGAUGAUAACAGAUGCAGAAAAACAUUCGAUGAAUGCAUCGACAAGCAAUGCCAGACAUGUACUGACCAAAACAAGUUCGAAUGUAUGAACCAUGAGUGUGUCCUCAAAUCUCAAAGAUGUGAUGGCAUCAAACACUGCAGUGAUGGGUCCGAUGAAUACAGAUGUGCCAUUGUUGAGACAAACAUGGUAUACCUUCCACACAAUGGAGUCAUGAAGCCGGUGUGCAUGAAUGAUGUUAACCGACAAAUGGCCGAGUCUGUGUGCAACUUUGCUGGCAAAGGUACAAUAGUAGCAGGAGGAAUCAAGUACGGUCGUGCAGAAAUAUCUGAUGGUCUGCAUGUCGUACCAUCCACCAAUGGCAGCUCUGUUGUACGCGGCAUUCGGAUAGCUAGAGCCAAUCAGAGAUGUUACCCUCUUGUGUUGGAGUGUUCUAUGCCAGAAUGUGGCAGUCCAGUGUACCUGGAAAACUUUAUUUCCCCACUUGUGAUGAAUGGAAGGGAUGCACAGCCAGGUGAAUGGCCCUGGCAGAUCAGCCUGCGAUACAACAAUCGGCAUAUAUGUGGUGGAACAUAUAUUGGGAGAAAAUGGGUUCUCACUGCGUACCACUGCAUUGAAUCUACUGGGUCUUUCUAUGUUCGAUUUGGAGUGACUAUGGCAGAGGUAUUAGAAAACUACUCUCAGGAAAUCGACGUGUCACGCAUACAUCGUCAUCCUGACUUUGACACCGGAUCGAAUGGCUUCACAAACGGAUCGGAUCUCGCACUAUUGGAGAUGGCAUACGAACCAAUGACAGACAACUAUACACGGCCUGUCUGCUUGGGGAAUGCAAAAAGCUACACGGACAUCAUUGACAAAGGCGAAAUGGCGGAAUGUUACAUCACUGGAUUUGGGAAGCAAGAGACGGACUUCUUCCAAGUCCAAGAAAAUCGGCAUCUGAAGGAAUCAAAAGUCCAUGUUGUAGAUCCUCAACUGUGCGACAAUCUGAUGUACUUCCAGCUGAAUAAAUCAUAUGUUGCUGACGACGCAUUGUGUUUGGAAAACCGGGAGCCAUAUGCUCCAUCUAACGAUGGUGACAGUGGUGGCCCAAUGGUUUGCAAAGACGAAAAUGGCCGUUUCAAACAGUUUGGUGUGACCAGCUGGGGACUGCGAGACUCUGAUAAGAAUGCCCCUGCCAUCUAUGUGAACAUCAUCUAUCACCAGGAAUGGAUCGAAUCAAUCACUGGCAUACCACUCACAUAGAUGUAUUCAAGACAACCGAAAACAACUUACACUACUCAAAAAUAGUGUAACUUUAAAAGACUGAUUUAUUAAGUAAUAACCGUUUUACUUUAGACAUGUGCUAUGUUAAAUACCAACUGGUGGUACACGUAUUAUACUAACAUUUUUGCAAAUUUUGUUUUACUUUCAUGAAUGUUAUUGUGAUGAAACAAUAAGACAGCAUUUUAUGCACUAUAUGUAUAUGUAAUGUAUUUUCAAUUAAUUAAACAGCUUUUUACUGGGGAGAAAUAUGUACUUUGACCUACGUCAGUGCCAUUAAUUAUAUGUAUUGUUUUUGUCAGAUUCACAUAAUCAUUAAUAUGUAUUAAAUAUUUGAUAAUGUUUAGCUGACCUUAGCACGAAGUGCUAAAGAAGAGCUUUUGUGAUUAACUAUGACCGGCGUUGUUCGGUGUGUGCGUUGUCCGUUGUGCGUCGUCAAAUUUUAGCUUUUAACCAGUCUACAGCCACAUUUAUCAUGAAACAUGUUGGCCGAUUUCGAAUCUUUGUCUAAUGAUUUUUUUUUAAAACUAUGUCACCAGGUCAAAUCUUAGAAAAACCUUGUCACCUCUCUAGAAGCCACAUUUAUGGCUCAGUCUUGAUGAAAUUUGGUCGGAAUAUCUGGACAAUAUAUUUUGAAAGCUUCAAUUUAGGUCAAGUGCGUCCAAAAACAAGGUCACCCGGUCAAAUUUAAGAGAAACCGCGUUACUGCUCUAGAAGUCACAAUUAGCACUCAAUAUUGAUGACCCUUGUUCAGCAUGUUUCUCUUGGCAAUAUCUAUUAAAAGUUUAAAUCUGUUGUUCGUCGAAAAACAAGGUCAACAUACCAAAUCUGAGCAAAAAAAUCUUUUUACCAAUUAAGAGGCCACAUGAGACUCAAUAUCGAUGAAACUUUGUCAGAAUAUUUAUCACGACAUUAUCUAACCCAUUUUACCAGAUCGAUUCUUUGAAAACAUUUAUUUCCACUCCGAAUGCAACAUUUAUAUCUCAAUCUAGAUGAAACUUAGAAUGCUUAUCUUGACAAUAUCUUAGCCGAGUUUGUAAUCUGAAUCACAUGCGUGUUUAAACUAGGUAACCGAAUCAUAUCUUCGAACAACCUUGAAACUCUAAGGGCCGAAUGUAUGACUCGGACUUGAAGAAACUUGGUCAGAAUGCUUAUCUUAACAAUUUCUACGUUGAGUUUGAAUCUGGGCCACAUGCGUCCAAAACAUAGGUAAACAGAUUAAAUUUUAGAACAACCUUGUCACCACUCGAGAGACAACAUUUAAUACUCAGGUUCGAUGAAACAUCGUCAGAAUGGUUAUCUUGACAAAAUAAACGCCAUGUUUGAAUCUGGGUAAAGUGGUGUCAAAAACUAGAUCACCAGGUCUUGAACAAUCUGUGUGAAGUGAACUCAGGCGAGCAAUUGAGGGCUUGGUUUUAUGUUUCUGGUACCUGGUAUAUAUUAAAUAUUUAGCAAAAAUUUCUCAUAAACUCAUUAACUUAU